AUGCAGAUUCUUAAACUCACUCUAAAAAUCGAAAAACCCGAAUUGGAAAGUCGAUUAGUUGAAUUGACGAGCCAGGUGGAACAGAUGAAACUCAAGCUUGAUUAUACAGAGGAAUCGCUUCUGCAGGCCUUGGUUUCUUCAGAAAAAAGUUUGUUAAAUAAUGUAGAUUUGUUGGAUUCAUUGAAUAAAAGCAAAGAAAGUGCUGAGAUCAUCGCCAAUUCAUUAGCUGAAGCAGAUAUUCUCCGAAAACAAUUUAUUAAGGUUUUAUGUCCAUAUUAAUA